CGCGUGCAUUCAUGCAGCGAGUUGCGGUUCUCGCGACACCUGUUCCGAGCAGAGCCUCCAUGAAUUUCAAACGCGGAGUCUGUGCCGUCCGCCUGGCGACUGCAGUCGAGUGAGACGUUUUAUUGAUUGCACGUCGCUGCAUGGACUUGCUAACACAAUUUAUCGGUUUGAUUUAGAUCAACAGAGGAUAAAGGAUGAUCGAGACAUCUCAACUUUUUCGGUAUUUAUCAUGGCGGAAACGUUUCAUUUCCUUGAAGAAUUUAAUAACAAAUGCAGCAUUCCCAGUGCCAAUUUACAGCUUGGUUUUGUUCACGAUGCUGACAACAGCAAUUCACUUGACCGAUCAAAAGACUUCUAAUGCAGUUAUCGUAACGUCGUCCCUUCAUUUUUUCCCUUUUCCUUUGGCCAAUUGCUUGGUUGUUAGUUUCUUAAUGUGGAUAACAUUAGUAUUAGCGAUUCAAUGGACAAUACGCGUACUAUUAUUGUACAAAGGUUGGGCCUACGAGGAUCCCAUUGCCGAAAAAUCUUUAAUCACGAGAAUCUGGGCGAGUGCUUUGAAAAUACUAUUGAUGUGGCAAAAACCGCAGCUUUACAGCUUUCAAGGUUUGUUACCCAGAUUGCCACUGCCAAGUGUCGACGUCACAAUCGAAAAGUACCUGAGAAGUAUGCGUCCACUACUCGACGACAAAGAGUACAAUCGUCUGUCGAUGUUGUCACGCGACUUUCAACGACAACCCAGUACGAAAUUAUUACAACGCUACCUGCACCUGAAAUCUUGGACGUCACCAAACUACGUGUCCGACUGGUGGAAGAAAUACGCUUACCUCAGCUGUCGUUCGCCUCUGAUGAUUAACUCCAACGUCUACGCGAUUGACCUGAUCAUGAUGGAUCCGUCCAAGAUCCAGUCUGCUCGCGCUGCUUAUCUGACUUACGCUUACUUGCACUGCCGAGAGCUUAUCGCAAGCCAACAAUUACGACCGAUCGUUAUCCAAGGCAUCAUACCGCUGUGCUCGCUGCAAUACCAGCUGUUCUACAAUACGACGAGGGUACCUGGCAUCGAGGUCGACGAGGUCGUUCACUUCGGCGACGAGUUCCAUCACAUGGUCGCUUACCACAGAGGCAAAUACUACGAGUUUCCGAUUUACCACGACGGCCGGCUUCUGCGCCCGUGCGACUUGGAAAGGCAGAUCCAAUGGAUUUUGAACGACGGAAGUGAGUCUUGCGCGGGGGAAGAGAAACUCGCGGCCCUAACUGCCGGCAAUCGAACCGACUGGGCGAGAGCUCGACGGGAAUUCUUUGGCUCAGGAGCGAACAGAGAGUCGCUGAGAAUCAUAGAGACAGCAGCUUUCGUUCUGAUCUUGGACGACAUUGCGUACGAAUACGAUAAAGACGAUCCGGAGAAGCUCAAUAAAUUCAGCGCCGCGGGCCUUCAUGGCAAGGGUUACGAUCGUUGGUUCGACAAGUCCUUCAAUUUGUGCGUCUCGACGAACGGCAAAGCUAUCAUUCACGCGGAGCACUCGUGGGCCGACGGCGCCGUCACUGCGUCGAUAUCGGAGUACGUCCUCAGUAUGGACGUCAUAGAGAAGCCCUACAAAGCGAACGGGCACACCAAGGGAACUGCGGAUCGCACGGUGCCGUUGCCGACGAGGCUGAGUUGGGACUUGAGUCGUCAAUGCGUUCAGGUCAUUGACAGAUCAGCGCUGUUAGCCGAAGAGAUGAUUGCCAGCGUGGAUCUCUACGCUUACCUGCACUACGAUUAUGGAAAAGGCUUGAUGAAGAGGGUGAAAGUGUCGCCAGACGCCUACGUGCAAAUGGCUUUGCAGUUGGCUUACUACCGAGACACCGGUAAAUUGGCCAUGACGUACGAGGCGUCCAUUACGAGGUUGUACCGCGCCGGUCGCACUGAAACUAUAAGGCCGUGUACUAUGGAGAUGGCUGCAUGGGUCAAGGCCAUGGACGACCCCAAUGCCACGACAGCGGAAAAAUUGGAAUUGAUGACGGCUACCGCGAUCCGACAUAGAAUUAACUCGCAGGACGCUAUGUGCGGCCAAGGUGUCGACAGGCAUCUCUUCGCUCUCUUCGUCGUAUCCAAGUACCUACAAGUUGACUCGCCGUUCUUGAAAGAAGUAUUCAGUAAACCGUGGAAUCUAUCAACCUCGCAGAUCCCAUUACAGCAGUAUUUCAAGAUCGACUUGAAGAAAGAGCCAAGAUUCAUCAUCGGCGGAGCAGGUUUCGGACCUGUGGACGAAGACGGCUACGGAGUGUGCUAUGCUUUCGGUGGUGAAGAUUUACUUAUUUUUCACAUUUCCAGCAAACAUACGUCGCCCGAGACUAAUUCGAAGAGAUUUGCCAACAAUAUCAGAAGUGCCUUGACGGAUAUGAGGAAUAUGGUAACUCAGAAGGCUUAUGAGAUGAUGCGAAACCCGCACAAUGAUUAGAUAGACAAAAUUCAUCUUUCUAUUGUACAAAUAAUAU